ACUCAACUACAAAUUUUGCCCAAGACCUUCACUCUUUCUCGCCUCGCACUCACAACCACCGUUCUCUCUAAUUCCUUCCUCCCAUGGCUACGGUUCUCGAUUCCCUCGCUCUUCCCUCUUCCUCCGUCUUGGCUUCCACCACCUUCUCCGGCCGUCGGACCUCCCUCGCGCUUCCGCGCUACAGAGCAUUGAAGGUCGGACACAGCUUCACUUCUCAUUCUAUAAAAUCUGCGAGAUCGAAUGCCAGAUUUACUCAUCGUUCUGGCAGAGUCGUCUGCGAAGGUCAGGAAACUUCUUCCAUAGUACCUUCUGCUUCAGAAGCUACUUGGCAGUCACAGGUUAUUGAAUCUGGUUUACCGGUUCUAGUUGAAUUCUGGGCUCCAUGGUGCGGUCCUUGCCGAAUGAUUCAUCCGGUUGUUGAUGAACUAUCCGAGGAGUAUGCAGGAAAGUUUAAAUUUUACAAGGUAAAUACUGAUGAGGAAGCUGGGAUUGCAUCCCAAUGUGCUAUCAGAAGCAUCCCCACUGCCAUUAUCUUCAAAAAUGGUGAGAAGAAGGAGGCAAUAAUUGGUGCAGUUCCCAAAACAACUCUGACUGAUAUCAUGGACAAAUUCUUGUAGAGAUGGCUGAUAAAAAGUACGUAUUGAAAGAAUCAAAGCUGCUUUCUCAUAGUUUAUUGAAUUUCUCCUCUAUAUCUGAUGAUGAAUUCUCUAGUCUGGAAAUAAACUCUCCUCGUUUGUUACAAAUAGUUCUUAAUGCAACUGUAUCUUCUUUGGUCAUGGCAAUUCAAUACCUUUUCUAUGAA